CGGAGACUUUUCGCGGACGCACUCGGAAGAGAAAUGUUUACAAACAACAAACUGUCAGAAACAACCCGAAAGCGUUGCUGCAAAUUAGCAAAUAUAUGUCAUGGUUGAUUUUCUCAACAGUAUGGACGCUCACACCAGGUUUUAGCGGAUAUAAAUUAAAUCCUUGAAUUGUAUUUUAACUGUGUCUGUGGGGGCAGAGAGAUAAGGCUGAGCAGGUGCGGUGUCUAAGUUACACAGAGGUGUUGGCUGUUGGCAGUCAGCAGGACACAUGGCAGAGGAAGGCCACAAGCUGACACUGAGGCGCCUGGAGGCACCGAUCCACAAGUUCAUUAAAGUGGCUCUACCCACGGACCUGGAGAGACUGCAGAAACACCACGAUAACAUACUGAAGUACCAACAUAACCAGCAAUGGGACCGCCUUCAUCAGGAGCAUAUCAAUGCCAGCCGAACUGUUCAGCAGUUGAGAGCUAACAUAAGAGAGAUGGAGAAGCUGUGCACCCGGGUCCGUGCCGAAGACGCUGCCGCUUUAGAGGCGCUUGUCAAGCCAGUUAGAGACCGGGCGUCAGCCGCCACACAAGGCUUCCUGCAUUUGCACUCUAACCCCGGCCUUCAGCCUGCGCCAUCGUCGCCACCUGCUGCUCAGCCGUCCAGCUGUGUGUCCAGCAGUUACCACGCUGAUGACGAUGUGGGUGAGGAGCUGGUGUCUGGCAGGCAAAUUCAGCUCCACCUUCCAGAAAUCCCUGCUGAUCAGAGUGCGGCCGAGUCCUGGGACAACCUGGAAGAGGAUCUGAAGGAGCUGAGUGGUUUGGUGACGGAGUUCUCACUGCUUGUCCAUUCCCAGCAGGAGAAGAUUGACAGCAUAGAGGACAACGUCAACACAGCCGCUGCCAACGUGGAGGAGGGGACCAAGAGCCUGGGGAAGGCGGUGGGCUACAAGUUGAUGGUGCUGCCGGUUGCUGGGGCGUUGCUGGGUGGAGUAUUAGGAGGUCCGCUGGGCCUGCUGGCUGGGUUUAAAGCUGCAGGGGUGGCUGCUGCUCUGGGAGGGGGCGCCCUGGGAUUUGCGGGGGGCAACAUGGUCCAAAAACACCGCCGUGCCCGAGUGGAUCUACAGAUGAAACAACUGACAGCACCGCCGUCGGAAGAAUCAGCCGAACCAGAGUCAAGCAAGGACAAAUGACCCAACACCUCCGGUCAGUCCUCGCUGAGCUCAGGUGGUCUGAUCACUAACUGAGGCUCCUGGUGUUUGGACGCAGUACAAACUAGACCUCCAGUGCUGCUCAGACUGCCUCACAGAGACUCAACAUUAGUCGCCAAGCACUGCUGUAAAACUAUUAUGUAACAACAGCCUAACAAUGCAAGAGUCAAAUACUUUGAUGUUUGGGUGUGAAUGGUGUUUCUGUGGGGACGUUAAUCUUAUUUUGUACAAUUUUUAAAAAAAUUCUCAACAGUUAUUUACACUACAGCUUUUGGUUUGCGGUUGGAUCAGCCUCACGUGGCUGCGAAAUUAAGUCAAUUUCAUGGAGCCGUCCAUUCUGUCAAAUGGUACCACUAACAAGAACAUUGUUUGUGUUCCUCAAGCUACCAUCUUUUUUUCAGAUCCUUUUUUUAUCAUGUUUUGCAAGUUUCUCAAUUUCUUUUUAUGCAGGAAUUACUGUCCCAUUGUGAACAGCUGUAGUAGUGAGACUACUAUAAGAAUAAUGUAUGGAAAAUGUCCUGUGCUGUUAGAUUGUUUACUUAAUGUAAAUUUAAGUGGCACACAAUGUUUAUAUUAAUAAUGUUGUAUAUAGGGACUUGUUUUUGUGAAGUAUGGAAGCAAAAUUGCACAAAACCCGCCCAAAGUGCCACUUUCCAGAUCACUUCAGGGACUGGAGUGUAAAAAACCUGCCAUGUACUCUUUACACUGCUGCUGGUUUUCUGCCAAAUAAAAUGUUUCUUGUCAACAGGAA